CAGUUUACUAUUGCGGGCAGUAUACCGCACCUUGCUGAACGCUUAUUUCUCAACCGGAAGCCUGAGGAAGUAGAACCCUGAAGCAAACUAUUCACAACCCUAAAUCCAUAUUUUACUCAUUCAGGAUGACUGAGGGACGUUGCAACUGCGGAAGCAUCAAGGUUUCCAUUCCUGCUUUACCAGAGCAAUCCGCUAUCUGCUACUGUGCCAACUGCCGGCGUGCCGGAUCAUGCGCUGGAUCCAUUAUCUACAUGUUCGACAAAUCUGAGGUCACAGUCAAUGACCCGAGCAACAAUCUUAAGAAUUACAAGGACAGCGACACAAAGAGUGGGAAUUCGAUUACCCGACAAUUUUGCGGCAACUGCGGGUGCCCCAUUGCGUCUUUAGUGGGUGACGACUCGCCAAAAAUGUUCUUGAAGGGUGGUCUGUUUGACAAGAUUCCUGCUCCGGGCUUCAAAUCAUUUGAGCAGGAGGAGCCGAGCUGGCUGAAGAUUGUUUAAAAUGACUAAGAGGCACGUGUUGGGAAGUAUCCAAGGUACAAUACUACCGAAUAUGUGUAUUGAAUACAUUCUGCCUCGAACCCUGCCGCCAAUUCCCAUUCACGUCAUUCUGGAUGUGCUCAGUCAUGAAGUAUAA